AUGCCCGCCGUUUUGAUCCAACCGAUGAUAGUGGUUGCUGACGACUUCGGAAAGGGCAACUGGUUCAGUUCCGAUGGUGUUGAGGCACAUAAAAUGGGCACAUCCUCAGUUAUAGCAAUUGCCAAUGAGGAAGGCUUUUUGCUCUCUAAUGCUUCCUCGGAUUCGUCUAAGGAUAUCGAUGCUGCAUACGAGUUGUGCACACGAUACGAAGAGAACAAGCCGCUCUUCUGCAACAAGCCGGUGACUGUGUGGAUUGUGUACGAGCAGGGAAACGAGAGAGGAUCAAGUAUCCGGGGAAUCAUGCGGGGAAUCCAACCUGCUCCUGCUCGGAUUGUCGAGCAGAAGUAUUAUGGGGAGUCCUUCAUGAAUUACCCUACUGACGAAGGUGCUCUGUUUCGUCUGGAAUUGGUGGGUCGUACUCUCAGGGCUACUAUGUGCCGGCAGGAUGGACAUGGUUCUCCUGUUGCGGUCACUGACAAUGGGCCGACUCUGGUACAUGGUCAGUAG